UAUUUCACCUCCAGUGGUUCAUGCGAGGCUUAUUGGCCGUGCUGCGCUUGUCAGAGCCGCAUCCAUCCUCCGCUAAUAAUGAGUAUUGAUGCAGGGGCUCAUUAGUUUCUCCUAUUUCUUAUUUUUUUUAUGCCCACCAUGAUUACUUGGCAAUAUCACUCCUCCAGGCAGCAAUUGGAUGCAUGCACCGAUUUAUGUGCUGGCUCCUGUGUGCAUGUACAGCUACAAGUCUGAGCCCAGCCAGCCUGCUCUCCUUACAUUACUGCAAGCACUUCCCUGCGCUGUCUGCAAGCCUGUGGUGCUGACUGAGACUGGCAUGAUGUAUCCUGCACACUACUGGAUGCUGCAUUGAGGAAUCACUGCUGUGCACACUGCUGCUGGACCUGGCCGGGCUUCACUGGGAGUCAUCCCUGCACCAGCAUCCAUUAGCAGGAAGCCUCUCCCCACACCCCAUCCCACCUGUUUGUAAGCAGAGCUGCAAGUGGGAUAAACUUACAGGGACCCCCCUCUCCUGCAGCACAGGGCGCCCCCUCCCCAUGCACGGUCCGUGCAUGCACUGGGAGCAGGAAGAAGAAGAUGAUGAUGAUGGUGGUCUUGCAAUGAAGGAAUCCAUGCAUGCACUCUCAUCCCUUCCCUCCUUGCUGGGGAUCUGCCUGGACAGGGGAUUAUGGUGGCACUAGCUGGCUUCUCCGCUGCCAUUAGCUUUCCCUGUGCAUAGGGUGGGGGAAAUCAGGAUCCUGACAGCAGAGGCUUCCCUAGCGGAGGAGGUGCCCGCAGUGCCCGGGAGAGGACACCCUGUCUGGGGAGAAGACCUUGUGCCACCCUUCCUCUCUCCCACUCCUUAUCCCCCCUGCACACACAGCAGCCGUGGUGUCCUUGUUGUAUCAUGGCGGACAGGACAGCUCCUGGAUGCCAGCUUCGCCUGGAGUGGGUAUACGGGUACAGGGGGCACCAGUGCCGCAACAACCUGUACUACACAGCCGGCAAGGAGGUGGUGUACUUUGUGGCCGGCGUUGGAGUGGUCUACAACACCCGGGAGCACAGCCAGAAAUUCUUCCUAGGCCACAAUGAUGAUAUUAUCAGCCUUGCUUUACAUCCAGAUAGAACCCUCGUCGCCACAGGACAGGUGGGAAAAGAGCCUUACAUCUGCAUAUGGGACUCUUACACAAUGCAGACAGUAUCCAUUCUGAAGGACGUACACACUCAUGGAGUUGCAGGCUUGGCGUUUGAUUCAGACGGACAGCGUCUCGCCUCUGUGGGACUGGAUGCCAAAAACACAGUUUGCAUUUGGGACUGGCAGAAAGGCAAAGUUAUGGCAACAGCUACUGGUCAUUCCGACAGGAUAUUUGAUAUUUCCUGGGAUCCAUAUCAGCCCAAUAGAUUGGUUAGCUGUGGUGUCAAACAUAUAAAGUUCUGGACUUUGUGUGGUAAUGCCCUCACAGCAAAGAGAGGAAUAUUUGGGAAAACCGGAGAUUUGCAGACGAUCCUGUGCUUGGCGUGUACCAGAGAUGACAUCACUUACUCAGGGGCAUUAAACGGAGACAUCUAUGUGUGGAAAGGCCUAACCCUAGUCCGUACCAUUCAAGGAGCUCACAGUGCUGGUAUAUUUAGCAUGUACGCCUGCGAAGAAGGUUUUUCUACUGGUGGAAGAGAUGGAUGUAUUCGUCUAUGGGAUAACGAUUUCAAACCAAUCACUAAAAUCGACCUCCGAGAUAAUGAGCAAGGUUAUAAAGGCCUGUCUAUAAGGAGCGUGUGCUGGAAAGCGGACAGGAUUUUAGCUGGGACUCAAGACAGUGAAAUCUUUGAAGUGAUGGUGCGGGAACGAGAUAAGCCAAUGCUGAUAAUGCAGGGUCAUUGUGAAGGGGAGCUCUGGGCUCUUGCUGUCCACCCUAAGAAGCCGUUAGCUGUUACUGGCAGCGAUGAUCGCUCUGUAAGGCUAUGGAGUCUUGCAGACCACGCUCUGAUUGCUCGCUGUAAUAUGGAGGAAGCUGUGCGCAGUGUGGCCUUCAACCAGGAUGGAUCUCAGCUUGCCCUCGGAAUGAAAGAUGGUUCAUUUACUGUACUCAGAGUCAGAGAUAUGACGGAAGUGGUUCACAUUAAGGACAGGAAAGAAGUGAUCCAUGAAAUGAAGUUCUCCCCAGAUGGUUCCUACCUUGCGGUGGGUUCUAAUGAUGGCCUCGUGGAUGUUUAUGCGGUUGCACAACGAUACAAAAAGAUUGGGGAAUGCAGCAAGUCUUCUAGCUUCAUUACCCACCUGGACUGGUCUGUGGAUAGUAAGUACCUGCAAACCAAUGACGGGGCCGGAGAAAGACUGUUCUACAAGAUGCCAUCUGGCAAACAUCUCACUAGCAAAGAUGAGAUCAAGGGGAUCCAUUGGUACUCCUGGUCCUGUGUGGUUGGACCAGAAGUCAGCGGAAUAUGGCCAAAAUACACAGACCUCACCGACAUCAACUCAGUGGAUGCCAAUUUCAACAGCACAGCCUUGGUCACAGGAGAUGACUUUGGACUAGUUAAAUUAUUCAGGUUUCCUAGCUUAAAAAAAGGAGCUAAGUUUCGGAAGUAUGUUGGCCAUUCAGCCCAUGUGACGAAUGUGCGCUGGUCACAUGACUUCCAGUGGGUACUGAGCACUGGCGGAGCUGACCACUCUGUCUUUCAGUGGAGAUUUAUUCCCGAAGGGUUGACAAAUGGCAUCAUUGAAACAGCACCUCAAGAGGGGAUUACUGACUCCUGCAGUGAAGAGUCUGAUUCAGAUUUAUCAGAUGUGCCCGAACUAGACUCUGACAUCGAGCAGGAGAUUCAAAUCAACUAUGAUCGCCAGGUUUACAAAGAAGAUCUACCUCAGCUCAAGCAGCAAAACAAAGAAAAGCAAAGUGCAUUGCCUUCCCUUAAACGAGAAAAGGCGCCAGACGAAAGCUUGAAGUUAAAAUUUGUACAUGGCUAUAGAGGCUUUGACUGUAGAAACAACCUGUUCUACACUCAGACUGCAGAGGUGGUGUUUCACGUAGCAGCAGUGGCUGUGGUCUAUAACAAGCUGCAGCAUUCCCAAAGACUGUACCUGGGCCACGACGAUGACAUCCUCAGCCUGGCCAUUCACCCAGUGAAAGAUUAUGUAGCAACUGGCCAGAUUGGAAGAGACGCAGCCAUUCACGUAUGGGAUACUCAGACACUGAAGUGCUUAUCUCUGCUGAAAGGACAGCACCAAAGAGGGGUUUGUGCGCUGGACUUUUCAGCUGAUGGUAAAUGUUUGGUGUCUGUCGGCUUGGAUGAUAACCACACAAUCGUAUAUUGGGACUGGAAAAAAGGAGAGAAAAUUGCAACAACCCGAGGGCACAAGGAUAAAAUAUUUGUUGUGAAAUGUAACCCACAUCAUAUUGAUAAGAUGGUGACUGUUGGCAUAAAGCACAUCAAGUUCUGGCAACAAACAGGGGGUGGAUUUACCUCAAAACGAGGAACUUUUGGAAACGUUGGAAAACUAGAGACCAUGAUGUGCGUUUCCUAUGGCCGGGCAGAAGAGCUGGUGUUCUCCGGAGCUGCGACAGGAGAUAUUUAUGUUUGGAAAGAUGUCCUGCUGCUUAAAACUAUUAAAGCCCAUGAUGGACCUGUCUUUGCCAUGUACGCAUUGGAUAAGGGCUUUGUUACUGGUGGGAAGGACGGAAUGGUGGAGCUUUGGGAUGAUGUGUUUGAGAGGUGCCUAAAGACGUAUGCUAUUAAAAGAUCAGCAGUUUCUUCUAGUUCAAAAGGCUUACUUUUAGAAGACAAUCCUUCAAUUUGUGCCAUCACUUUGGGCCAUGGACAUAUUUUAGUUGGGACCAAGAACGGAGAAGUCCUGGAAAUUGAUAAGAGUGGUCCAAUAACGUUGCUUGUUCAGGGACAUAUGGAAGGAGAAGUCUGGGGUCUGGCUACCCACCCACAGCUGCCAAUAAGUGCCACAGUGAGUGAUGACAAAACACUCAGGAUCUGGGAACUCUCCUCCCAACACCGCAUGCUGGCUGUGCGGAAGCUGAAAAAGGGUGGACGAUGCUGUGCCUUCUCUCCAGAUGGGAAAGCCUUAGCUGUAGGCCUGAGUGAUGGCAGCUUUAUGGUGGUCAAUGCUGACACCCUUGAAGAUAUGGUUUCCUUUCAUCACAGGAAGGAGAUGAUAGCAGAUAUUAAGUUUUCACCAGAUGCUGGAAAGUACCUGGCUGUGGCGUCACAUGAUAAUUUUGUUGAUAUCUAUAAUGUAGUUACAAGCAAGAGAGUCGGUAUCUGCAAAGGUGCCUCCAGCUACAUCACGCACAUCGACUGGGACUCUAGAGGUAAACUGCUGCAAGUUAAUACUGGUGCCAAAGAACAGUUAUUUUUUGAAGCUCCAAGAGGAAAACGAUACGUCAUUAAAUCUGCAGAGAUGGAACGGAUAGAGUGGCACUCGUGGACCUGCGUGCUGGGCCCUACGUGUGAAGGUAUCUGGCCUGCCCACAGCGAUGUCACUGACGUGAAUGCCGCCUCUCUCACCAAAGACAAAAAAUCUUUAGCUACGGGGGAUGAUUUCGGAUUUGUGAAACUCUUUUCCUAUCCAGUAAAGGGUCGUGAUGCAAGAUUCAAAAAGUAUGUUGGGCACAGCGCUCAUGUGACCAAUGUGAGGUGGUUGUACGAUGACUCCACACUGCUGACUGUAGGUGGCGCAGACACUGCACUCAUGAUCUGGACGCGAGAAGCUUUUGGCAAUCUAGAGAGCAAACUUGUGGACAGUGAAGAAUCAGACACUGAUGCAGAAGAGGAUGGAGGUUAUGACAGCGAUGUUGCGAGAGAGAAAUCUAUCGAUUACACCACUAAGAUCUAUGCCGUGAGCAUCAGAGAAAUGGAGGGAACAAAGCCCCAUCAGCAGAUCAAGGAAGCCUCCGUGGAAGAAAGGCCGUCAGUUAGCCGAGCGGCGCCUCAACCAGAGAAGCUACAGAAGAAUAACAUCAACAAGAAGAAGAAAGUGAUUGAGGAGCUCUCGUUGGAACAUGUGUUUGGCUACAGAGGAUUCGAUUGCCGUAACAACCUGCAUUACCUCAAUGAUGGUGUCGAUAUUGUUUAUCACACCGCUGCUGCUGCCAUUGUGCAGAACCUUUCUUCAGGAAGUCAGAGCUUCUAUCUGGAGCAUACGGACGAUAUACUUUGCCUGACCGCAAAUCAACAUCCAAAAUACAAGAAUGUUGCUGCAACUGGACAAAUCGGGGCUACACCUUCCAUCCAUAUCUGGGACGCCAUGAGUAAGCAGACUCUGUCCAUUCUGCGCUGCUUCCAUGCCAAGGGGGUUGGUUACAUUAAUUUUAGCGCUACGGGGAAGUUACUGGUGUCAGUCGGCGUUGAUCCAGAGCAUACGAUUACCGUGUGGCGAUGGCAGGAAGGGGCUAAAGUCGCCAGUAAAGGAGGCCACAUGGAGAGGAUCUUUGUCGCAGAGUUCCGUCCAGAUUCAGACACACAGUUUGUAUCGGUUGGAGUCAAGCACAUAAAGUUCUGGACGCUGGCCGGGAGCGCGCUACUCUACAAGAAAGGGAUUGUCGGAUCUGUAGACAACGCUAAGAUGCAAACCAUGCUUUCUAUUGCCUUUGGUGCUAACGGUCUUACUUUCACUGGUGCCAUAAAUGGAGACGUGUAUGUCUGGAAAGAUCACUUUUUAAUCCGGCUGGUGGCAAAGGCCCACACGGGCCCAGUCUUCACAAUGUACACAACUCUGCGCGAUGGACUCAUUGUCACAGGUGGAAAAGAGAGGCCGACAAAAGAAGGCGGCGCUGUUAAGUUGUGGGAUCAGGAGAUGAAACGUUGCCGGGCAUUUCAGCUUGAAACUGGCCAACUCCUGGACUGCGUCCGAUCGGUCUGCAGAGGCAAGGGCAAAGUUUUAGUGGGAACUAAAGACGGAGAAAUCAUUGAAGUGGGAGAAAAAAAUGCCGCCUCCAACAUCCUCAUUAAUGGUCACGUGGAGGGAGAGAUUUGGGGUUUGGCUACACAUCCCUCCAAAGAUAUUUUCCUCACUGCCAGCAAUGACGGAACGGCGAGGAUAUGGGACCUUGCGGAUAAUAAGCUUCUGAACAAGGUGAGCCUGGGCUACGCCGCCUGCUGCGCGGCUUACAGCCCCAACGGGGAGAUGGUCACAAUUGGGAUGAGGAAUGGAGAGUUUGUUAUCCUGCUUGUGAAUUCUCUGAAGGUGUGGGGCAAAAAGAGGGAUCGCAAGGGAGCAAUACAGGACAUCAGAAUCAGCCCCGACAACAGAUAUUUGGCGGUCGGCUCUGCAGAGAACACGGUGGACUUUUAUGACAUUACUCAAGGAACAGCGUUAAACAGGAUCGGCUACUGCAAGGACAUCCCCAGCUUCGUCAUACAGAUGGACUUCUCUGCCGACAGUAAAUAUAUUCAGGUAGCAACUGGUGCUUACAGGCGUCAGGUACACGAAGUGCCAUCUGGAAAGCAUAUUGUAGAAGGGUCAUUCAUAGAAAAGAUUACCUGGGCUACGUGGACAAGCAUCCUCGGAGAUGAAGUGAUCGGUAUCUGGCCACGUAACGCAGACAAAGCGGAUGUAAACUGUGCCUGUGUGUCCCAUGCCGGGCUCAACGUCAUUACCGGAGAUGACUUCGGCCUUGUUAAACUUUUUGACUUCCCUUGCACUGAGAAGUUUGCCAAACACAAGCGAUACUUUGGUCAUUCCGCACAUGUGACUAACGUCCGCUUCUCGCAUGAUGACAAGUAUGCCAUAAGCACUGGAGGAGACGACUGCAGUGUUUUUGUGUGGAGAUGCCUCUAAGGACACAGGAACAUUUGGCUUGAAACGCGUGGGUGGGUUCCCCAUGUCCGUGCUGCACAUAUGUCCUUGUAAAAUGCUGCAUGAAUCAAUGUGUUACAUACACUGUAAAUACAAAUGACAUAAUGUAACCCAUCCUGUAAAUUACAUAGGUAUUAGACGUUACUCAGGAGCUCUGUGUCCGCAGAAAGGCAGAAACCCAAGUGCUUUUAUACAGAGGAAUAUGGGGUGACGCCUAAUAUCCACAGUAAUUCACCGUAAGGGGCACAUUAUACUUUAUAAUACACAAGUUUCCACAAAGAAUACUCAAGUAUCAGAACUCACAGAUUAUAUAGAGACUAUUUCUGAGUUUAUACACAUAAUAGCGUCAAUUGUGUAUUAUAACGCUAUGAAGACUGUGAUAUUAUUUCAUUUAACUUAAAAUGGAAAGAAAGAUUUUUUUGUACAAUGCAGCAUUUUACUUCCAGGAAUACCGAACUCGUCCGUCCAACUUGACGUCCACCAAACAUAGUUCAUUUAGCCUUUCGUUGUAUUUAAGAUUUUAUAUUAUUGAGAAUCAAAAUGUUUACACUUUGUUAACCAUGACAUUUGAUAUGUGGAUUUAUUUUGUUGAUGGAAAUAAUAGCCGUGCUGCAUACUUAGUGAGAAUUAUUGCACAUUUUGUUACAAACAACUAAGAAUAAUCGUGCUAUUUUUGCAUUUUAUAUUUUACAUGAGCCAUGUUUGGAGCAUUUGGACUUUUGUUUUGCAUUUGUUUUUGUUUUUCUUCGGUUGUUUUUUUUUUUACUCAUGAAGUGCCUUGAACUAUUUAUUGUCAACCGGAGGCUCGUGGUGCGGAGGUGAUAUGUCCUCAAUGAUGGCAGCUUUAUACUCCUAUUUAUCAUCUAUGUGACUUAGGGGGAGACUUAUCAAACCAUCUAAGGGGGACAAUUGUAGUUGUUGCCCAUGCACUAGUGCAUGCUACAAAAUCAUAGCUAGAGGCGGAUUGGUUGGUGUGAGCCACUAGUCCUCUUUGAUAGGUCUCCCCCAAUUUACCUGUCCGUUACUGUAAAACGAAGGAAAAGCCUUCACUGUGUAAUAAUGGGUUAUGCAUUCUGUAACGGGGUCCGUUAGAGGCUGCGUCUCGUCUUUCACCAGCGCUGACGGAGAGAUUUUCACCAUCUUCUUACUUAUGGUGUCAUUGCCAAGCUCUGCUUUAACCCAUCUCUUUCUACACGAUCUUACAAAGUGCCAUGUGUAUAAGCUGCCCAGGCAGCAGUCACUCUCUAUGAUGUGGGCCGCAGAGAAAUAACCUUAUUUUACCUGUAUUGUCACCUGUUCCACAACUAACAGCCCUUAUCACCACUAACGGGACACGUAUAAUAAAUAUGACGGAGAUCUGGGAUUGGCCACAGGUUGCUGGUUUAUUUUGACUGAUCUGUUUGUGCUUGUGGAUGUAUAGAACAAAUAAAGAGCUAAUUUAAUAAACUAUAUUGAUACUUAAUUACACUCUCUGCCCAUCAAUACCUAGCAUUUACUAAUCUCUGUCAUUUCACCCCAUAAUAUAAAUUAGACCUAUUGUUUACUCCUUAAAAUUGUAUCCUUUAAUUGAAUCAAGAAAAACAAAGUUCCUCUUAGGAUUUUGUGUGUAAUAUAUAUUUUGAACCUUUUGGGUCUGUCUUAAUGGACAGCUAAACUUAACAUGCAAGUUGCCGUAAAUAAUAAUGUGACAGUCACAGUUUUGCUGGAAUGAUAUCCAGGAUCCCAUCAGAUAACUUAGAACAUUUCCCCCUGUUGGCCACAGCGGUUUAGGAGUGUGCGUAUUUUGCCGGAGUCACGUCUGUGACUACACGCUAAUACUGGUAUAAACCCUUCCUGGUGUCCAUCAGUGCGACUGAGUGUGCAAGGGCUUAAGGGCCCCAUACACUAGAACGAUUACGCCCGAUUUCAGCCCAAUUCAGGCAUUCGGUCCGAUAUGUUGGGUGAAAUUGGGCAUUUUGGAGGUGUAUCCGAUCCGACGCGCGGCCCCGUAAGCAUCAGAUCGGAUCCUCCAGAUUGAAUGUGCUGCACAUUCAAUCUUGUCCAAUCCCGCAGGCGUGGCUGGGAUCGCCCAAGAUACAUUGUAUGCAAAAGGACAGCAUACAAUGUAUCUUGGGCGAUCCUGCCCCCCGGGAGGCUGCCGGGGGUGAUCGCCUGCGACAUGUCAGAUGGACAUGUUGCAGUAGUGUAUGGGGCCCUUUAGACACUUUAGACACCCACUUUGUGCGUCCUUAGACCUAACCAUUGGAUGCAACAUGGAAACUUGCAGCAGCCCCAUGACAGGUGCAUGCAGAAUCCAUGCAUCUCAGUCGGUCACGCAACUCUGUGGGCAAGCACCACAGGACCCAUGCGCUGGGCGACUUUUCAGCUAGACACACGCGCAGUUGAAAACAUUGACAUUCGUCAUUGCGUCCAGAUCUGGGGGGUCAUUCCAAGUCGAUCGUAGCAGCACAGCUGCGAUCACUUCCCUGACAUGCGGGGGGACGCCCAGCACAGGGCUAGUCCGCCCCGCAUGUCAGUACCGCCCCCCCCCCCCCUGCCCCCACACAAAUACAAAAGCAUCGGACAGCAGUGAUGCUUUUGUAUUUGAGGAGUAACUCCCAGCCAACGCAGCUUCUGCGGCUGGCCGGGAGUUAAUUGUAGCUGCCGCUGACCGUAGCAGCUGCGUAAGACGUCACGCAGCCGCCGCGUCCCGCCCCCCCAACGGUCCGGCCACGCCUGCGUUGGCCGGGCCGCUCCCCCUCCCGCCCAGCGACCGCCUCUGUCUCAGAGGUAAUCGCUAGGCAACGAAAGCUGCGCAGUUCCGACCCGAUCUCUGCGCUGCGACAAACCGCAGUGAGCGAUCAGGUCGGAAUGACACCCCUGGCCCUCAGUGCCGAAGAGUACAAUCGCUUCUAGUACACCAAAAGACAACCGUAUAUACGCUAUUAAAUAUCUGUAGGGUUCUGUAACAAUAGCAGGACAGUUACUUACAUAAAGAACAUCAUCAACUUGCAUGUAGAUUUAUAAGUCCAUUAUUAUCCUCAAAAAACUAUUUUAGGAAAUCAACCGAUUAUUUCAAAACAAUAACGUAUGUACUAUACAAAUCUCAUACUGUAUAUACUACAGACAAGUAUACAACCGCAGUGUGGGCCGAGAUAAAACACUGCUCUCUAAUGUGCCAUUUCUAUACCCUAUACCAAGGUUGCGUUUCCGGGAAGAAGUGGGUUAGGUGACCCGGCAAUACCAAAAACCGUUAUGCUGAAAGCUCUGAUACGCUAACAGUGUAAAUGAUUAUGUCUACUUUAUAAAUGUGAUUUGUUUCUAACAAUAAUGACAUAAUAGGAAAAAUAAUAAUAAUUGUAUUUCCCUUAUAAAUGCAGAUUGUUGAUUUCCUUAAGCUUUAAAUAUUUAAUGUGUCUGUAUUUUUAUUGUGCAAUUCUUUUCUUUGGUGUGAAAUGCUAUGAUUCUGAAUCUAGAGGAUUACAGCCCGUAUAAUGUGUGCAAAUGUUGUAGGAUUGGAUAUUUAUAUUAAGUGCCCCAAAAAGCAUUAAGUAUGUACAUUAUUGAAUACAUUAUGUGUGUUAUGUCUGAUCAAUGCCUUAUGUUUGUCUAUAAAAGGAUUAACUGCCCAAAGGUCCAAAUAGGGGGGCAGAUGUAUUAAGCCUGUAGAAAGGAUAAAGAAGUGAUAAGUGGAAGUGAUAAGUCAGCUCCGGUCAUUUUUCAAUUCCGUAAUGAUUGGCUGGUGCGUUAUCACCUUGCGUUUAUUACUGGUUUAUCACUUCUUUAUCCCUUCUCCAGGUUAAUACAUCUGCCCCAGGGUUUGCUGUCAUAUUCCUUAGAGCUACAUAAGGUGGCCCCUCUCCCCAGUACUGGGUCCCUGGAAGCUGCCCCACGCAUUCCGAACUCCCCUUUACCCAUGACAGAAACUAGGUAUGGGGGUGGUGCGAGUGUAACGACCAAUCACAAGCUGCCGUUUAGAGAUUGUGACUUGUGAUUGGACCUACUGUUCAUACCCCUUCUUCUCCUCUACCAUUUAAAGAUGGUUAAAAAAAAGUUGCCGGCUAUCUAUAGGGAUGGUUUAUUACAAGGGGACUAUAGCAGCAUGCUGUGUGCUAGCAUGGAGCCAUCAGGGGGUAACCAUACAAUAGUUAUCUAGUGCACAUGUGCAAUGGACACUGAAGGUUUAUGCAUGAACCAAGGAGCUCCGCAGUGAACUCUCCUGGCAGUUAUUUACUAUGCUUCGGUUUUACAAAACCCGCUGAUGAUCAGUGACUUUGACCAAUGGAUUUCAUUGGUCAAUAGCAAUUAAUGCUAAACCAGUGCUGAUUUGGCAUUAAAGAUUGUUGACUUUUGAAAUCUAUUGGCCAAAGCCGCUAACCAUCGGCAGCUCUGAAAAACUGCGGCAUAGUAAUUCUACCCCCUGGUGUACACAGCAGGAUCCAUCGUCAAUGCAUUUCCUUUGAUUCAGGAACAGCAAUGGUUGCCCACCAUCGAUUUCUGAUAGCCACCCCUAGCCUGGUAACAAAGCAGCUUUCAGGUCUCUGGCCAGGGCGACGGGCUACUUUAGGUGGUAGUGCAGUUCUAAAGAGAACCUGUCACUUCUUGCUUAAAACCAGUUUUAAAUAGUACUUGGGGGGUGAUUCAGAGGAGGAAUGAUAGUAAAGCGCGCCCGAUGUUUUACUUCUGAGCAUGUGUCCAAGACACAUUGCACAUGCGUUCCGAUGGCCAGUGGAGGGGGGCGCUGAUCGAAUUGCAGGGAGAUCCAUGCAAUGUUGAUGGGCGGUGACUGAAGGGUGGCAAUCGGCAGUGCUGCUUUUCUGUGCCCUUAGGUGAGAGAGCCACGUAUGUAACCGGACUAUACUGAGUCUGGGGGUGCUGUCUACAACCCGCCUCCUGCCUCACAAAUGCAUGUGCGGCAGGAGAGCAGGGCCUGGGACCAGCCAGUGCAAACAGAUGUUACAUGUGACGUGACAUGUUCUAAAGUGGUCUAAACUAAUAUUCAAGGGAGACGCAGCUUUUUAUUCCACUAGUAACCAAUGACACGAUGGAGUCACAGGCUGCAGUCUGUAUUACCCCACUACAGCGUGACGGGUACACAGGUUGCAGUCUCUAUCACCCCACUACAGUGUGACGGGUACACAGGUUGCAGUCUCUAUCACCCCACUACAGUGUGACGGGUACACAGGGCUGCAGUCUCUAUCACCCCACUACAGUGUGACAGGUACACAGGUUGCAGUCUCUAUCACCCCACUACAGUGUGACGGGUACACAGGGCUGCAGUCUCUAUCACCCCACUACAGUGUGACGGGUACACAGGCUGCAGUCUCUAUCACCCCACUACAGUUGGCUGGUACACAGGCUGCAGUCUCUGUCACCUCACUACAGUGUGACGGUACACAGGUUGCAGUCUCUAUCAUCCCACUACAGUGUGGCCGGUACACAGGCUGCAGUCUCUAUCACCCCACUACAGUGUGGCUGGUACACAGGCUGCAGUAUCUAUCACCCCACUACAGUGUGGCUGGUACACAGGCUGCAGUCUCUGUCACCUCGCUACAGUCUUUAUCACCCCACUACAGUAUGGAUGGUACACAGGCUGCAGUCUCUAUCACCCCGCUACAGUGUGACGGGUACACAGGCUGCAGUCUCUAUCACCCCGCUAUAGUGUGACGGUACACAGGCUGCAGUCUCUAUCACCCCGCUACAGUGUGACGGGUACACAGGCUGCAGUCUCUAUCACCCUACUACAGCAUGGCCGGUACACAGGCUGCAGUCUCUAUCACCCCACUAUAGUGUGAUGGUACACAGGCUGCAGUCUCUAUCACCCCGCUACAGUGUGACGGGUACACAGGCUGCAGUCUCUAUCACCCCACUAUAGUGUGACGGGUACACAGGCUGCAGUCUCUAUCACCCCACUAUAGUGUGACGGGUACACAGGCUGCAGUCUCUAUCACCCCACUAUAGUGUGACGGGUACACAGGCUUCAGUCUCUAUCACCUUACUACAGCGUGGCCGGUACACAGGCUGCAGUCUCUAUCACCCCACUAUAGUGUGAUGGUACACAGGCUGCAGUCUCUAUCACCCCGCUACAGUGUGACGGGUACACAGGCUGCAGUCUCUAUCACCCCACUAUAGUGUGACCGGUACACACGCUGCAGUUUCCAUAACCCUACUACAGCGUGGCCGGUACACAGGCUGCAGUCUCUAUCACCCCACUAUAGUGUGACGGUACACAGGCUGCAGUCUCUAUAACCCCGCAACAGUGUGACGGGUACACAGGCUGCAGUCUCUAUCACCCCACUACAGUGUGGCCGGUACACAGGCUGCAGUCUCUAUCACCCCACUACAGUGUGUCUGGUACACAGGCUGCAGUCUCUAUCACCCCACUACAGUGUGGCCGGUACACAGGCUGCAGUCUCUAUCACCCCACUACAGUGUGUCUGGUACACAGGCUGCAGUCUCUAUCACCCCACUACAGUGUGGCCGGUACACAGGCUGCAGUCUCUAUCACCCCACUACAGUGUGUCCGGUACACAGGCUGCAGCCUCUAUCACCCCACUAAAGUGUGACGGGUACACAGGCUGCAGUCUCUAUCACCCCGCUACAGUGUGACGGGUACACAGGCUGCAGUCUCUAUCACCCCACUACAGUGUGUCCGGUACACAGGCUGGUUGUAUUGUACUGAAAGGCUGGUAACUGUGAUGACCACUGUCUUUGCCUAUGUCUUAAUGUACACCAUACUGAUUGUACCUAGAACCGCAUACAGUACAAGGAUGAGAGGACAGUAAGGUGAUAUACUUGGGUGGCAGUGAUCAGGAUUAUAGCAUUAGUAGCCAUAGCAGGUAUUUGAUAAUGGAAUAAAGUUCUCUAGAUCGCACCGAGAAUUCCCUACAAUGAAAAGACUUUAUUCCCUGAACCUGUACCAUACUGUAAAUUGAUAAAUCAAUGUAUAGACUUAUUUUUUAAAUCAUUCUUUGUGCAGAAUUGAAAAAAUGAUUUGUUUUAUUUUCCCCGUGGUUAAUAAAUCUGGUGUUGCAUUUUU